CUUUUGUAAACUCAGUCAUCAUGAAGAGCUUUGCAGUUAUAUUAAUCAUUUCCGUACUAAUUCAGCUAGCAACAGAAUGUUCAAGCCAGUUCUUAGGAACUGCGUUAGCAGGCAAUCGAGGUGCGAUAAGUUCAGCAUCAGCUGAUGCAGGAUGGUCCUCUGGUUACGGAGUUCGCGGCGGAUCGGGAUACAAUUCAAUGCCAAUGGACCCAUUAAGUGGGCCUUACCCAGCAGCAUACAAUAGUUAUCCCCAAAUGGGAUCGCCAUUUAUGCCAUCACCGGGUUUAGGAUUUCCACCAUCAGGCUUAGGAGUUCCACCACCUGGUUUGGGAUUACCAUCGUCUGGUUUAGGAUCUCCAGUAGGUUACGGUGGCUUCAACUCGCCAUUUGGUGUUGGCUUACCUUUUUCUCCAAUGGGACCAGGAAGUUAUAAUGAUGCAAAUGCUCUAGCAAUGGGCGGCCCUUCACCUUUAGCCUUUCAACAACCUGCGUAUGCUAUGCCGAUGAUGGCACAACCGCAAUCUACUCAAAUGACGGAAAACGAUAACGCUAAUACUAAUAUCAAUAUUAAUCACGAUAUGGGACUCCAUCAUCCCGGCAUGCCCAAAGGAUUGUUAGGAUUGGCUAGAAUGUAAAUUAAUAAAUGAUUUUUUUCCUAAGUUCACUAAUAAAAUAAUAAAUACAAUUUGAAUGAUUACUUUCUACCGAAAUUAAUGAUAGCCGUUAAUUAAUUGAGAAAAUU